AUGGUGUCAGUGACGAUUGGUUGUGUCGUGAUUGUGACGUUGGUGUGCGUUUUGGCGCCAACCGUUGUCGGUGGGGCGGCUGCCUACUGCCCGACCCGGUGUGUUUGUGACGAUGUGAAGCUGCACGUAACGUGUGGUGAAGGUGAGCUGGAUGUGCUCCCGAUCGCGCUCAAUCCCGCCAUCGAGCGGCUGGUGAUCAAGUUCAAUCGCAUCAAGGCGAUCGACUCGUCGAUUCAGUUCUACAGCGAUCUGACCAUGCUCGAUCUAAGCUACAACCAUCUGUUGGGCAUUCCGAAGAGCAUCUUCAUGUACCAGCGGCGGCUGCUUCAGCUGCACCUGAACAACAACAAGAUCGCGUCGAUCGGGAACAAAACGUUCGCCGGCAUGGACGAACUGCGCGUGCUCAAUUUACGCGGCAACUUUAUCGAGGAGGUGACGAAGGGUUUGUUCCGCGCACUGCCCAAGCUGGAGGAGUUAAAUCUGGGCGAAAACCAGAUCGCCUCACUGCAUCCGGAAGCAUUCGAUGGGCUUACCCAUCUGCGCAUUCUACAUCUGGACGAUAAUGCGAUCAACGUGAUUCCGACACCGUCGUUUGCACCGCUACGCUUGCUGGCUGAGCUGUACCUUGGCCUGAACACACUCAACCAGAUACAGCCCGGUUCGUUCGAGGGUUUGCAGCAUUUGCGCCGCCUGGAUGUGCGUGGUUCGAUGCUGGUGAAUCUUACGAUCGAUACAUUUCGUGGUCUGGAGAACGUACGAUCCUUGGACGUAUCCGAUAAUCAUCUGCUGAAGGUGCCGACCGUGGCGUUGAGCAUUCUCACACGCCUGGAGGAACUUUCCAUCGGACAGAACGAUUUCGAGGUGAUCCCGGAAGGAGCGUUCUUCGGCCUGUCCAACCUGCGCAAAGUGUCCAUCUCCGGUGCGCUCAACUUGCGCCGCAUCCAGUCGGGAGCAUUCGCUUCCAACACCAACCUGGACACGAUCGUGAUCGCUUCGAACCGUCUGCUGGCGGAGCUGGAUGAGGGUGCUUUCUCGGGGCUGCCCCACAUCGAGAACGUAAUUCUGCGCGACAACGCCAUCCGGACGUUCCGCGAGGAGCUGCUACCGUGGAAGCAGCUGCGCAACUUCGACAUCUCGGGCAAUCCGCUCGUCUGCAACUGCCAUAUGCGCUGGAUGAAGGAUUUGUUGCGCGAAAAGCUCAUCGAAACGGAACAGAGCCGUGUGAUCUGCCAGUAUCCGGAACGGUUCGCCGGGGAAACGUUGCGCGAGAUCAGCCCGGAGUUGCUGGGCUGCCAUCAGCGACAAUCGAAGGAGCGGGCCGUGGUUGGAGUGGUGCUGGUAGCGUCUGCUGCAUCGCUAACCACGUUCAUUCUCGUGGCUUACCGGUUGCGCCAUCGGUUGGUCGAUGUUCUUGGACCGAACUUACACAACAAGCGCAACACGCUGAAGGAGGAAAAGGAUCUGGAGUUUGCUAAAUCCUUCCCGGAGAUCGAGUACCAUCAGCCGAACUUUAACAUCUACACCUGCAACUAUCAGCAGAUGUACCACCAGAAGCCACCGUGUCCUCCCCAGUUCCAGCACCACAUCUACGAAACCCCCAUCCCAGUGUCGGAUCUGUAA